GGUGGGGAGGCGGGGCGCUCCCGGCAUGCGCUGCGGCAGGCCGCCCGCCCGCCCGCGGGUUUUGAAUCGCGCUCGCCGGCGGCGGCUACGGCGGCAGCAUCACCAUGGGGGCUCCGUCUCUGCCCCCGAGCUGGCAGCUGUACCUCAUGGACCACCGCAUCUCCACCUUCAAGAACUGGCCCUUCCUGGAGGGCUGCGCCUGCACCCCGGAGCGGAUGGCGGAAGCCGGCUUCGUCCACUGCCCCACCGAGAACGAGCCAGACUUGGCCCAGUGUUUUUUCUGCUUCAAGGAGCUGGAAGGCUGGGAGCCAGAUGACAACCCUAUGCAGGAGCAUAAAAAGCACUCACCUAAGUGUGCCUUCCUGACUGUCAAGAAGCAGUUUGAAGAACUGACCCUCAGUGAAUUUUUGAAACUGGACAAAGAAAGAGCCAAGAACAAAAUUGCAAAGGAGACUGCCAGCAAGCAGAAAGAAUUUGAAGAAACUGCAAAGACCGUCCGCCACUCCAUUGAGCAGCUGGUUGCCUUGAAGUGAGCCUUUGCUGGCGCGGCCUGGACCCGAGUGACAUGCCACAUUCAAGCCACGUGUCCUAGCUUUCUCAGCCUGGGCCUCUUAGGAGUGUCUUAAAGAAAUAAUGGUUGGUAUUUUGAAACUGGAUGUCAAAUAUUAUUCUUUUUUUUUUGUUUUGUUUUGUUUUGUUUUUCGAGACAGGGUUUCUCUGUGGCUUUGAAGGCUGUCCUGGAACUAGCUCUUGUAGACCAGGUUGGUCUCGAACUCACAGAGAUCCGCCUGCCUCUGCUUCCCAAGUGCUGGGAUUAAAGGCAUGCGCCACCAACGCCCGGCUGUCAAAUAUUAUUCUUGUCUUCGCUUGGAAGUGGCUCAGCCUGUGCGCCUACCUCUCUUGAUUUUGUGGCUUUGCUCUGUUGUAACCUGGACUGCGGCAGUGAGGAAAGGGUGGGUGAGGAGGGCAGUGUCUGUGACAGGACCUAAGGGUGGGGGUGCCUGGGCAAGGUGUUUCUGGUCUUCAUGUUUCAGUACCGGUAGCCGAUGUGUCCGUGCACUGCAGGUGUGGUUAUGUGUUAUGCUGGUGGUUCAUUUGUUCUCUGAUGUGGGUCUUCUACCGCAGGGUGAUGGAAUAAAAUCACUUAAAAAGUG